AAAUCAAUCAUCACACACUUAAAUAAUCAUCUCGCUUUGCUAAACGAAUAUUGACUUCUGUCGGUAACCGUUGUUUUGGAUCCUUCGUGAGGAAGUAUGACUCCGGCAUCACCCCUCAUCGCGUCGCCCUCAGCAUUGUCUAAAGCAUACGACUUUAUAAUUAUCGGAGGCGGAACAGCUGGAUUGACUGUUGCUUCACGACUUUCAGAAGUAGCUGAUUUCAAUGUUCUCGUUCUCGAAGCUGGAGCAGAUCACUCUUCGGAUCCCAAAAUCUUGACUCCUGGUCUGGCAGGAACACUUUACGAUGACCCGAAAUAUGAUUGGGAGUUCAAGACCGUCCCUCAGAAAGAAUUGAGAGGAAGACGUGUCUUUCACCCAAGAGGAAAGGUCCUUGGAGGUACAAGCGCACUCUUCCAAAUGAAGGUCGUGUACAAUUCUCCCAAAGCAUGGGAUACCUGGGCUGUUCUAGGAAAUCCUUCCUGGAACUCUAGAGCCAUGGAGCCAUAUCAGAGGAAAUUCCACACCUCCCAUGCUCCAUCGCCUAAUGUAGAGAAGUUGCAUCAGCAAUAUUCACAUCUCAAUGAAGUGAUAGAGGGAGAUGAUGGACCAAUUCAAGUUAGCUUUGGUGGUGAAGGUUCUUACAAUGAUGUCGAUGUAGACUUUUACAAAACCAUGCAGACGAUCACGAAGGAGAUGGGUUGGAAUGAGAAGACGAUGGGAGGAUCGGCGAGUCCUAAUUCCAUUGACCCGGCGACGAAGACGAGGAGUUGGGCUGUGUCCGCUUACCUGGGACCGGAGGUCCAAAAGAGAAAAAAUAUUCAUAUCGCUACUGAAGCAUUGGUCGAGAAGAUUUUGCUCGAGAAGUCGGACACAGGAGUAUCUGUGACUGGUGUUAGAUUCGCAUCAGCAGGACAGACGUUCGAGGUGAAAGCCAAGAAAGAAGUGAUUCUUUGCGCAGGAGCGUUUCAUUCACCGUCGAUUCUAGAGCUCUCUGGCAUUGGAGACUCCGCGUUGCUUAAGAAGCAUGGUAUCAAUGUAUUCGUCGACAAUCCGAACGUGGGCGAGAAUCUUCAAGAUCACGCGAUGACCGGUGUUUCUUUCGAAGCUGCAGACGGAGUUCAGACCGCCGAUGCUUUGGUGCGAGAUCCCUCUAUUAUGCUAGGACUCAUCAAGAUGUAUGAAGAGAGCAAGUCUGGUCCACUUAGUGGUUUCUUCAGAACUUGUGCAUAUGCACCUUCGUCACUCUUCGACCCAGCCUCAGCUGAAGAACUGCAAGCGAUUCUCAAGAAGGCAUCGAGUGAUGCGAAGAACAAAGAGUUUGAGGAUGCACUCAUUGAUCUUUUCAAGAGCGAGGAUGGAGUCACUUGCCAAUACAUGCUCGUCAAGAUCCAGUGCAGGGUCGUUGGCUACGACUCGAUCUCCGCGAUCAUGGGUCGAGACAAAGGACCACCCAGAGAAGGAAAUUACAUCACCUUCAUGUCAUCUCAGAACCAUCCUUUCUCGAAAGGCAACAUUCACAUUGCUUCCAGUUCUCCAUACGACAAGCCUCUUGUCGAUCCGAAAUAUUUGAGCCACCCACUUGACAUGGAGAUUGCGGCUCGACAUGUUCAAUUCUUGCAGAAGAUAAUCUCUACACCUCCACUGAGUCAGCAUUUUAAGCCAAAUGGCAAGAGAUUACCGUAUGGAUUUGCUGAUGGGAAAGAGCCGACCUUGGAAGAGGUGAAGGAUAUUGUGAGGGAUAGUUUGAUCACCCAUCUUCAUCCUAUGGGAACUUGUGCUAUGUUGCCCAAGGAGAAGGGAGGAGUGAUUGAUGAGAGACUGAGAGUCCAUGGUGUCAAGGGCUUGAGGGUUUGUGAUGCGAGUAUCUUUCCUGUGGCCGCGAAGGGAAAUCCGAUUACGGCUGUUUACGCUGUUGCUGAGAGGGGUGCUGAUUUGAUUAAAGAAGAUUGGUCUCGGGACUAGACAGGAGAUCCAGAGAAAGAAAGAUUUGGUGUUCAAG